AGGAUGGAUCAACAAAGACAAUUCGGAAGACAGUCAGAAAAUAACUCUGGAUCUGUCCCUGGGGGGGAGGGUUGGUGCAUGGGAGUAACAAUACAAGAUAACAAGUGGGCAUAUGCCAUGGUUCUCUUGAUAUUGACAUUACUGUGGCAAAGUUUCCAAGGGGCAAAUGGAUUACCAUCAUUGCCACUCAUUGAGUUUAGAUCUGAACAAGAAGCAAUCGAAGCUUACUUCAGCCAAGGCUUCCAAUACAAAGCUAUUGUUAUUUUUCUUGGGUUGUACCAUGGGAUUCAUUUGAGCCUAAGGACCCUUAAACGGCGGAUCAGGUCUUAUGGGUUAUCAAGACGAGGUUUUGCAAGCCAGUCACCUCUUCACUUUGUCUAUCAAGCUAUAAGAAGAGAAUUGGAAGGAACAGGUAGACUUGGAGGAUAUAGAUCCAUGUGGCAAAGGCUGAUUAGGAAAUACCAUCUUAGAGUUACUCAAGAAAUGGUGAGAUUAUUAUUGCGUCAGAUUGACCCCAUUAGUGUAGAAAACCGACGCUUGAGUCGCUUACAAAGAAGAACCUACAUCAGUCAAGGGCCAAACCACUGCUGGCAUGUAGACGGCUAUGAUAAACUGAAAAUAUAUGGUUUUGAAAUUAAUGGUUGCAUCGAUGGUUUCUCUAGGAGAAUAAUGUGGUUGGAAUGUAACCACACAAAUCACAAGAGUUCUAUAAUAUGUAAGUAUUUUUUAGACACAGUGAGACAAAUGGGUAUGAUAUGCCCUAAGAUUGUGAGGACAGAUUGUGGCACUGAAAAUUCAUUGUUGGCCCCAGUUCAGUGUUCCUUGACAAACAGCUCACACGGUCAUAGAUAUGGAACAUCGCCAAGCAAUCAACGGAUUGAGCAGUGGUGGUCUUUUCUCAGAAGAAACCGUUCAACAUAUUGGAUUAACCUUUUUGAAGAUCUUACUGAGGAGGGUCACUUUACUGUUGGCAACAGUUUACAAAUAGAAUGUUUGAGAUUUUGUUUUAUGGAUCUGUUGAGGAAAGAUCUCCAAGAAGCAGCAGUGUUUUGGAAUACACACAGAAUUAGACCAAGCCGAUAUGCUUCUUGUCCAGCAGGGAUCCCAGAUGAGUUGUACUUUUUGCCACCAAAUGGUAGGGACUGUAAGGUGGAUGUAAGUCACCAGGACUGGGACAUGUUCUACAAUUUUACAGAGGCUAACUCAGUGUGCCAGGAUGGGGAGCUAGAAGAGUUUUUGCAGUUUCUUAUGGAAACCUACAACCUUAUAUACCCUGAAAAUGUUGACGAUGCAUUGGAGUUAUACUUAAGACUUAAAGCAUUGACUUGUGAUUAAUAUAGAGCAAAACAAUCUAACGAUAAGCUGUUUCAAGGGGGAUAAAUGCUGAAUAAAAUAGUACAUUUAGUAAGUAGAUACAUGUAGUCCUGACAUUUUUCUCUUUUACAUAAUACACUCAAACUGAUAUACAUUUGAAGGCACUGACCAUGUUGAAUGACUACUCAGUCAAUUACAUAUGUAAAUAUGGUAUCUUGUCUUUCUUCCCAAAUGUCCUUGAAUGAUGUUGCCCAUAUGCUGAGCUUUCAGGUUUAACUGUAUAUUCAGGGGUCCUUCCAAUGCACAGUUAAUGUAAUAUCAUUUGAGUUGGGACUUCUUUCCUGCAUGGUCUCAUUUUCCAUCCAUAAUCGGGGCGCAUAUGAGGCAGAAUUUUGCAUAAAAUUAGCACAUUAGUCUGUGUAUGGAGUUUUGUAUGGAGUUGGGGUCUUCUUGCCCACUUACAUGUAUAGGGGCACAGGUAAUCAAAGGACUACAAUAAAACUGUUUAAAAUUC